UCUCUCUCUCUCUCUCUCUCUCUCUCUCUCUCUCUCUCUCUCUCUCUCUACAUCCAUUCAAUCCAUCUAUUUCAUGGAUCCAAAGAAGCGAAACAAAAUAAGAGAGAUUGUCAGGCUUCAACAGAUCCUCAAGAAAUGGAGAAAGCAUGCAACUGCACCAAAGCAAAAUACCAUCACCAAGAGCACAAGCAAGGGCAUGAAAUUCCUCAAAAGAACUCUCUCCAUCUCCGACAGCUCCUUUCUUUCGGCAGCCUCUGCAGACAUUGUCCCGAAAGGAUUCUUCGCCGUCUGCGUCGGGGAGGAGCUGAAGAGGUUUGUCAUCCCAACAGAGUAUUUAAGUCACAGAGCAUUUGGGAUUCUGCUUAGUAGAGCCGAGGAGGAGUUUGGGUUCAAGCAGGAAGGUGUGCUGAGAAUCCCAUGUGAGGUGUCUACUUUCCAGAGGAUUCUGAAAGCAGUGCAAGAGAAGAAGGAGGUCAUGUUCAUGCACGAGCUGGGAGCUUUCAAUGGAGAGAAAGACAUGGUGGGGUGCUGUUCAUCAGCGGCUGAGAUUUCUCAAUCUCAUCACCUUCAUAAGCAGAUGUGCAGAUGAUUUCUACUCUCUUCUUCUUCUUCUUUUUUCUCUCUUUUUGGAAGGUGGGAUUUUGAAGUGAAUAAAUAGAGGGGCCUGAUUGUAAUUGGACAGUGGCAGUUUAGUAAUUUAAUCGGUUUUGAAAAUCUUGAUUC